ACCAAACUUCCCUAAACCUUAUCCUCAACCCUACAAACACCCUUUAUUAACUCAACUUCACCACCCUUCACUAACCAUUCCACUUUCUCAUUCUCAAAACACAAUGAACAUGAAUCUCUUCCUCAUCAUACUUACUAUCACCACCCUACUCCCCCUUAAUGACGCCAAAUGUCACCCUAACGACGAAUCCGGCCUCCUCGCCUUCAAAUCAGGCAUCCAAUCUGACCCGUCAUCCAUACUAAAAACAUGGAUAACAGGCACAGACUGUUGCACAUGGUUCGGCGUCAGUUGCGGAGACAACAAACGAGUUAGAUAUUUGUCAUUAUACGGAGAUACCCAAAAUCCAAAAAGCUAUCUCACAGGUACAAUCUCACCCUACCUCUCUAAACUCCAAUACCUAGAUAGCCUCUACCUCCAAGACCUCCAAAACAUUUCAGGCCCAUUUCCACUAUCUCUCUUAAACCUAACAAAACUCCAAUACAUUUACAUAGAAAACAACAAACUCUCUGGUCAAAUACCCAAAAACAUAGGCACCACCUUGACUCAACUAGGAGCAUUCAGCCUAGAAGGAAACCGAUUCACAGGAACGAUUCCUACUUCAAUCUCCGAGUUAACUCAACUAACUGAUUUAAGACUCGGUAACAAUCUCCUCACCGGAACAAUCCCAGAAUCUCUCAAAAACCUUAAAAAUCUCAAUUUUCUGAGUCUCAAAGGUAACAACCUCAGUGGCAAAAUCCCAGAUUUUUUCAAUUCUUUCACAAACCUUAACAUCCUCGAACUUUCCAGAAACAAGUUCACCGGAAAUGUUCCAGUUUCGAUUUCGUCCAUGUUUUCACAUUUAAGGUUUCUCGAGCUAGGACAGAACUCUCUCUCUGGAAAAAUCCCAGAUUUUCUAGGAAAAUUCAAAGCUUUAGAUACAUUGGAUUUAUCAAAGAACAAAUUCUCAGGAACAGUGCCUGAAAGUUUCGCAAACUUGACGAAAAUCUUCAACCUUGAUCUCUCCGACAAUUUUCUCGUUGACCCAUUUCCUUCAUUGAAUAUAAAAGGCAUCGAAUCGUUGGAUUUGUCGAGAAAUUUGUUUCAUUUGGAAGAAAUUCCGAAAUGGGUCACUUCGUCUCCGAUUAUAUACUCAUUGAAGCUGGCGAAGUGUGGGAUAAAGAUGAAGCUUGAGGAUUGGAAACCUUCUGAGACAUAUUUCUAUGAUUUUAUUGAUCUGUCAGGGAAUGAGAUUUCAGGAAGUGCUGUUGGGUUGUUGAAUGGGACAGAGUAUUUGGUUGGGUUUUGGGGGUCUGAGAAUGUGUUGAAGUUUGAUUUGGGAGGGUUGAGAUUUGGGAGUAGGUUGAAGGAUUUGGAUUUGUCACAUAAUUUGGUGUUUGGGAAAGUGGGGAAGAGUGUUGUUGGGAUUGAGAAGUUGAAUGUUAGUUAUAAUCAUCUUUGUGGGGAGAUUCCUAAGAAUAAUUUGUCUGCUAGUGUUUUUGUUGGGAAUGAUUGUUUGUGUGGAGCUCCUUUGAAGCCAUGCAAAGCAUAGUUUUUGAACAAUAUGAUUAUAGUAUAUAUAUACAAUCUUGAGAUGUUGUAUAUGUAGUUGGUUUUUGUGUUUUGCAAGAAUAAUCAUGUUUUCGGAAUUCGGUUUUGACAUCAGCUGGUUUCAACCUUUUUCCGAUCACAAUUGCGAUGCGAAAAUUGAUCGAGCCGUAGUCCUUUUUAUCAAGUUCAGCUUCAAUCACCACUAGACUAAGUAAUAAUCGUUGACUCGGUAUUUAGUGUGUAUAUUAAAAGAUCAUUUUUAUUUAAGAGAUUAAUAACUCUCUGGUGAAAUGACAUGAAUAUAUUAUAGUUUAGUAAAUAUCUUGACUUUGAAGUCAAGUUUUAGCAAUAAA